AUGUCUCCAACUCUUAGUGCUUCUCUGCUCAGACCCCUGCUCCUUGUGUUGCUGGCCUUGCUGUCUGCCCACGGGAAGGUGAUCAAGCCUGGGCUCAAGCCAGGGAGCAUCUUCAAGCAAGCAUCUGCUGGAUGCCUGACCCAAAAAGACUCAAAAUUCCCCCAAACUGUGAGAGUAAACAUCAGCAUCACCAGCACGAACCAGGACACCCAGGGCACUCCAGAUGUCAGCAGCCGCUCUCUGGCUCCAUGGGAUUACAGGAUCGACGAGGACCACGACCGCUUCCCGCGGGCGAUCGCGGACGCCGAGUGCCGCCACUCGCGGUGCGUGACUCCSGAGGGGCAGCUGGACCACAGCCUCAACUCCGUGCCCAUCAGRCAGGAGAUCCUGGUGCUCCGCAGGGAGCAGAGGGGCUGCCAGCAAUCCUACAGGCUGGAGAAGAAAAUCAUCACCGUGGGCUGUACCUGUGUCACCCCUUUGCUCCAGCACCAGGCGUGA